AUGAAUUUGUUGAUUCGUUCGACCGCAGUUACAUUUUUAUCAUCGAACACCUCGUCAUCAUUUCAUAUUCUCAAACGUCCACUGUCAUUAAAAUCUAACUUAUUUCGUUUACUACUAGCAAAUGUUAAAUCAUUCGAACGAUAUUCUUAUGUACUUAAACAUCGAUAUCAUCAAUUAAUAGGAUCGUCCAAUCCAAUGAAAUUAUUCGUUAAUCGUAAAUCAUUGAAUCUAUUUUCAUUAUUUAACCGUUUAUCUCAACGUCGUGCACGAAGACUAGAUUAUACUCCGUUAAAUUCUCGCUCGCAUAAUUCAUCGUCAAAAUCGUCAUUCACUUUUCCAUUUGUAAAUGAAAAUAAUUUGAUAUAUAUUAUUAUUGGCAUUAAUGGCCUUGUAUAUGCGUUAUGGCGAUUCAGCUAUUUAAAUUUAUAUUCAAAUCGUGAUGAAACUAUAGUAAAAUUUAUGAAUAAAAAUUUUACUGUUAGUUGGUAUGGUGUAGUCAAUGAAAAAAGAAUAUGGACAUUGCUUACAUCUGCUUUUAGUCAUGCUGAUCUAACACAUUUUCUUGUCAAUAGUUUCGUUAUGUGGAGUUUUGGACCAUUAGUUAUAGCCAAUAUUGGCUUGAGAAAUUUUACUCAAUUAUUUUUUUCCAGUGCAAUUGCUUGUUCUCUAGCACACAUAUUUUACGAAAAAUAUUUUGAUAAACGACCACGAGUACAAGCCGUUGGAGCUUCGGGUACCACAAUGGCAAUGACAAUUUUAUAUGCAUUUCUUCAUCCAUUUGAUACAGUCUUACUAUUUUUCAUCAUACCAAUGCCCGUAUUUGUUGGUGUUGGUGCCUACAUUUGUUAUGAUCUCUAUCGGGCAGCAACUGGACGACAAGGAACAAUUGGCAGUGCUGGUCAUAUUGGUGGUGCUGUAGCGGGCGCAUUAUUUUAUCUCUUAAAAAUUCGUGGAAAAUAA